AUGGUACAAGAACCAUAUAUUGAACCGCCACCUGAACGAAUUGAUAUCGUUCGUGGUACAAAUUAUCUUCUUGAAUCUCUCGGUAUUGAUCGUCGUAUCCGUUCCAUUAGUGAAUUUACCAGUCCAGUACUCAUUCCAAUUUAUGAAAAGAUAUGUUCAUGUCAGUUAAAUGAUGUUCGUACACCUGUUCGUAAUCUUGCUGAUGAAAUACAUAAUAUUCAAUGUGUAGUUAAUGCUCUAUGUUUUGAUACAGUGGACUUUGAUCUUUCACAUAUAUCAGGUGAACAAGUAGCUAAUGGAGAUUUAUAUGCAAUGGAAGAUUUACUUGAAAUACUGACGGAUGUUUAUCAUUGGAUUAAAAAUGAUAGACAAGAAAGUGAUGGAAUAGCUCAUAAAACUCAACCACAAAUUCCAUCUCUUAAUUCGGAUCGAUCGAGUGUUCAAGCUUCAUCUCUUGGUGCUCAAAUUGCUCAACUAGCUGAUCGACGACGAACAUUUGGUAAUGAUAUUGCUGCUCCAAAUAGUCUAGUUUAUACUGAAAUUAGUCCAAUUGUUUCACCAUCGAGUUCACCUAGUACUCGUCGACGUCAACAAGAAAAUAUUCAACAUGAUACUGUUGAAGACUUACAAGAAAAAUAUCAAGCAUUAUUACGUCGUUUCGAACAAACAGUACAAAUAUCAUCUGAUGCACUUAAUUUGUCACGAUUAUCACAAGAUGCUUCGUCCGCAACAACGUCAGAUUUACGUUUAUUAUUGAAUGAUUUAACAAAUAAUAAAAAUGAUCAAAAGCAACAAAAUAAACAGAAUGAUAUACCUACUAUUAGUUAUAAAAAAGAAUAUGAUGAUAUUGAAGAUGAUUUAGCCUUAAUUCUUAAUGAUAAACAACCACAACAAGCACCAAAACCUAUUAAAUCAAAUGAUACUCAUGAACAAAUAAAACCAAAAUUAGAAGAUUCUGUUAUAACAGCAAGUACAACAACAAUAGGACGUAAUCGUUUAAAUCAUAGUGAUGAAUUUUAUCAAAUUCGAAGUCAACUUCAAGAAAAUUAUAAUUUAAAAUCAAAUUUAAAUCAUUUUCUUGAACAACAUUUCAAUGAUGAUCUUGAUGAUUAUAAAUCAACAAGAAUAUUAUUACAAAAUAAUAAAGAACGUCAUGAUAUGCAACAUCAUGAAAUCGAUACAUCAACAUUAAGACUUAAUGAACAUCAAAUACGUUCUCAUCGUUCACAUUCAGCUUCAUCAAAAUUAAGACAAAAUUCAUUACAAAAAGGUUUUCUUCGUGCAUCAACAAAUACAUUGAAUGUACGACCAAUUGUACAUAAACAUGAAUUUGAUGAUUCAACAACAAUAACUGAUAAUGAUAUACCAACAAAUGUACAAAGAACAAAUAAACAUCGUCUAUUACUUGGUAAUGAACAUGAUAUAAUUGAAGUAUUAAAUGAACAAUUUCCUGGAAUUUAUGUAUCAACUGAAAUGCAAGCAAAACUUAAUGAACAAUUUAGUAAACAUAUCGAUAGUGUAUUUAAAACAAGAGUUGAACUUCUCAAUACUCAACAAGGCAAUAUGAAUGAUCUUGAAAAAGUCAAACAAAAACACGAUCAAAUGACUGAAAUUUUACGUAAAGACUUAAAUACUUUACAACGUCAGCAAGAUAUUCAAUUAAAACAUUCAGCUGAACGUAUUCUUAAAUCAAAAAUUCGUGAUCAACGUAUUCAACAAGCACGUGUACGUCGUUAUUUUCAAGAAUAUUGUCUUGAUCAACGAAAACGUCUAUUGAAAAAACGUACUAAUGAAGAAUUAAUAUUAAAACAAGCUUAUAAAGAUUCUAUACGUAUUCAACGUGAACGUUUACAUGAAAUGAAAAAAUAUAAACAAGAUUAUAAUGGUUUAUUUCUUGCACGUUAUCGUAAUCAAUUAGAAUCUCUUGAAAAUUAUUAUCGUCAACGUCUUGAUAUGUUUAAAGAACUUGAACAAAAAGAAUCAGCUAUCCAACGUGCAAAUGAUCGUGAAGAUAAAUUAGAAUUAAAUAAACAACGUUUACAAUUACGUAAACAACUUGAAUCAGAUAUAAAACAAUUACAAGAUCAAUUAAAUCAAAAUGAUGAUUAUAUACAUUAUCGUCAAUUAGAUUUAGAACGUUUAAAAGAAAAUUUAACUCAAGCUAGAAUAACGACCAAAGUUUAA